AUGAGUGGAUCAAGAUGCGCUGAGGAUGAGGAGGAUGGGGAGGAUGAUCUGCCCGCGGGCGUACACAGAACGCCGGCGCCGUGGACUUUGCAAGGCGAAUCGUGGAUCUUUCCUCACUGGACCAGCACGCAACGCAUCGCGGACAUGCGACGUGAAAAGGCGACUCAAAGGCAGGAGCAGGAACAGGAACAGGAGCAGGAGCAGGAGCAGGAGCAUGCGCUUGCUGACCGCAACAACAGCAGCAGCAGAGACGAGCAAUUGGCCAAAGCUGGACUUUCACCAGGCUCCUUUCAUCCGCUCGAAAAGCUGCAUCCUUUGGCUCUAGCUUUGGCAGGAGAUGCUGAAGAGGCGCAAGCGCAUUCGAAUGAGCAGACGCAGAAGGAUGCCAACAAUAACAAUGCCGAGAUUCGCGCCGCUGCUGCUGCGAGCAGCGCCAAAGGGGACGAGUUUAGAGGAGGAGCGGGGGGAUGGAUACUUUAUCGAUAUACAGAGUCGCCCGUGGGCCCUUAUGAUGAGCUCAUCUACGUCGCUGGACUCUUCAACAGUCCCAGUGCUGGCAAUACAGGUGAGUGAGAGAGGGCGGGCAGCGCGCAAUACGUUGCUCUUCUUGCCCUGCGCCUGCAGCGCCCAUGUCCACGCACACGCACGCGCUGAUCCUGCGCUCACUGUAGCAUUGCGCAUCACCAACAUCUACGUCUCCAGCACCGCAUCCGUCUACAAUGGUCGCAAAAACUGGAACAUACCCAAACAUCGAGCGCUGUUCGAAUGGUCGCAACCUCAUCCUCCCCCUCCCCCUCGCCCUCGCCCUCGCACCUCUUGCGCUUCGAGUGCAGCCGCAGCCGGAGUCCAAACCGUCAGGGUGUACCUGCCAGCCGCGGGACCGCAGCAGCAGCAGGAGGAGCAUCGCAAAGGCAAGGAAAUCUUCGCUGCCAGACUCUUUCCUCAUCUUUCCAGCUGCUGGCUGCCAAGCUUGCCCAUUCCCGCCUUUACAGCGCUCAUUCCCUCAUGGCUCAAUUUGAAGCUUUGCGCACCGCCUCUGCUCCGCGGCUCAAACAGCAGCAGCAGCAGCAGCAAGGACGAAUUGCAAAGAGACAAGGAGGCAAAAGAAGAAGGUCUAGCCUCUUCGCAACCGGAAAAUGUUUGGAGGAGCGUCUCGCCGACUUUUGCAGGGUGGGCCAAACUAGCUCGUGCGGAAGCUAUUCUACUCGUGAGUUUGUGA